AACCGAGUGGUUCGUAGAGUUCGGUCGCCGAUAUUUGCAACGAGUGGAGGGCAGUGGUCAAUGACAUCCUCCAGAAAUAAUUCCACUUCAAUCAAUCGUCUUCGUCUCGAUUUCAUCUUUCUUCCUCCUUUUCCGUCGCUUUGUCCCGAUGAUUCUACAAGCUUCGUCGUGCAAUAUCGCCCUUCCACUUUCUGCUUCCUCCCUCCGACGUUCCCCUCGCCGCCAUGUCGUUCGAGCUCAAGGGGAACCGUCCGACAAGUCGGUCGAAAUAAUGAGGAAAUUCUCGGAGCAGUAUGCUCGUAGGUCAGGAACGUAUUUCUGUGUAGAUAAGGGGGUCACUGCUGUUGUAAUCAAGGGACUGGCGGAUCACAAAGAUACAUUGGGUGCACCACUUUGUCCCUGUCGGCAUUAUGAUGACAAAGCUGCUGAGGUUGCGCAAGGUUUUUGGAACUGUCCAUGUGUUCCAAUGAGAGAGAGGAAAGAGUGUCAUUGCAUGCUUUUCCUAACUCCUGAGAACGACUUUGCCGGCAACGACCAGGCAAUCUCCUUGGAAGAUAUCAGGGCGACAACAGCAAACAUGUAACCCCUAAGUUCCACUACAGUACUUCAUAUUGUGGUAUGAUUAAAAGGGGUGGAAGUAUACGAGUAUAAUUAUGUAUGGAGACCAUAUUAUGAUGUGAUAAUGAAUGGUUAUGCCAUAUCUACUGCUGACAAAUUAUUAGGUUUAUUUUCAUGUGACUGGCAACUUCAAGUAAGGUUCCAGUGAAUGCAGAUACUGAAUCCCUUUUGUUGUAGUUUUCCGUAGCAUUUGUAGCAUGUAAAGAAUAUUUGGCUUGGUUUGAUUUGGCUGGUGUGUUUACUUGGCACCGUAGAUGAGUGAAAAUUAUGUAUGAUAAGAAAGAAGAAAAGGAAGCACUGGCAGAAAAAGCCUGCAGUUUUAAUGAAAGUGGCUUUAGGGUAAGUUUGAUAAA